GAGUGUGUGUGUGUGCGUGUGUGUGUGUGUGAGUGUGAGUGUGUGUGUGUGUGUGUGCGCGCACACGGGAAAUUGCUGCUGCAUGACGCAGGACUGUCACGUUUACCUGGAACAGGUUGACUGUCACCUGGAAUAAAAAAGUCGGAUUGUAUUUUAGUAGCGACUGAUACGCGGCACAUGGAAGAGCAACAGUUCAGGAUUUAAAGGCUCUGCCGCAAAUGUCUUGAAGUCUUUGGCGGCACAACGGAGUCCCAACACUAUGUUGUUUGGGUUAGACGAGGCACUGCACUGUGCAGUGGGAUUAUUGUGAACGUGGAGAAAGGGAUAUAACAGCGACUCGACUGUGUGUGUGAUCAGACGAGGCGUGGAUGUGCUCCUUCUGAUGGCGAAUAACAUCCCAUUGGGACUGCUGGAAGCUUGCGUGGUCGUAGGAGCUUCCAGUGAUCGUCUGAAGGAGUUCUGCUUGUCUCAGUUGCAGGGUGCUAAAGAUAAAGAUGCUCUGCUGUUGGACGCCGAGGUUUUGCAGGUUCACGCGCCACCUUUCGUGACUAAGGAGAACACAAGCAAUAGUCUAGGUCAUGCGUCGGCCUUCAGUCGGGUCCAGAGAAGGCGCUCGUUUUUAAAAAAGAAAAAAGAAAGAGCCGCUGUGUCCUCCAGCAAUGGGACCAAGACGGAGACAGACGAUCAGAGCGUGCCUAAGGACAUCGACCUCAUUGCCCUGCCCCAGCUCUGUUUCCCAGGUGGGUUGAGAGUCGUCAGCGAGAGUCAAGAGGACUCUUAUCACUUCCUGGUCUUCACAGACGUCUUUGGGAACCAGACACACGGAGUGGUGGUUCAGUAUUACAAACCCAUACAGGUAUCAGUGGAGAAUAUAGCAUACAAAAAUGGGCAUUAUUUAGCCAAACCACCAAAGCUGUUCACAGCCUAUGGCAUCUGCCUCAUUUCCAAACACCCUUACUACAAUGCUCUCAGAGACUGCCUGUCGUCGUUCCUGGUCCAGCUGAAGAAUUGCCGGAUGGCUGAGUUCGAGGAGCAUGUGAAAGAAUUCUCAGCUAAACUGGCGCUAGUGCCCAUCCCACCACCUGGACAGCUGCAAGUGGCAUUUAACCUAAAACCCCUGCAGAUCAUUCUACCACCUAGAGAAGACAUGGACCGUCCUGCUGUGGACCUGGACCUCCAUCUACCGUUUUUGUGCCUUCCACCUGAGCAGAUCUUACAGGUGAUCUGCAGUAUCUUGACGGAGCAGCGGGUUGUGUUCUUCUCCUCGGACUGGGCCAGGCUCACACUGGUGGCUGAGUGCUUUAUGCUGUUCAUCCACCCUCUGCACUGGCAGCACCCAUUCGUUCCAGUCCUUUCCCAACAGAUGCUGGACUUCCUCAUGGCUCCCACUGCCUACAUCAUGGGCUGUCACCUCCAGCACCUUGAGGACGUGGCUGCGGAGAUGGAUGACCUGAUCCUGAUUGAUAUUGAUGAUGGAACAGUGACAUCAUCAUGUGCUGCAGACUUGCCAGAUAUGCCAUUGGCUGCCAGAGAGUGCUUUAAGAAGCGUGUAAAGGGGCUACAGCUUCAUUAUGACCUGGAGUUGUGCAGACACGGCAGCAGCAUGGAUGUAACUGACAUGCGGACUCGCAGGCGCAAGUGGCAGAGAAAACUCAACUCUGAAAUCCUAAAUAUCAGCCUUGAGCUCAUAGUCAACAUCUUCAGAGAGGUUCAUGACCACCUAAACUUUGAGCAUCGAGUAUUUAACAGUGAGGAGUUUUUCAGGGCCCAGGAACCAGGAGACCAGCCAUUUUACAAGAAGGUCUCGGAUACACACAUAUUCCAUUCUUUCCUAAAAGAUUGUUUAAAUCGGAAGAUAGGUGCUUUCGCACAGAUGAAGAUAAACACUCAGUCAGAAGCUUUCAGGCUGAGAACAAUGACCGAGUCUCCACAGAGGCCCAAUAUGAAUGAGGUGACACGUAAACAGCCGGAUUACCAGUUGCGUAAGAGGCUGGGUAUGAGUCUGCCCAACCUGGUAGAGGACUUCUCUCUGAUGGCACCGAUGCGUCAUCUGUCCUUCCAGAAAUCUGACAAAGGAUCCACGUUAAAGCCAGUUUUCAAGAUUCCCCCAAAGCCAGUCAAAACAUUCAAACUCCCAGAAUUCCCUCCUCCUCUGGCCUAUCAAUAUGUUCAGAACUAUUAUUCAGAACUCAUCAGUCAACUCAGCAAAGCCAUUAACUCCGUGACCCCUGAGGAGUCGUCCCUGCUGGCGCGCUACUACUACCUCCGUGGCUUGGUCAAUUCCGUGGUAGGAAAGCGUGUGGAUGCUCUGACUGACUUCCAGAAUCUCCACAGGACAGAUAUGGACAUAUUCCCUCUGGAGCUGGUGACUACUCUGACAGACUCGCUAAGGACAGAAGAGCGCAACGCAGCUGAGGGGCGACCGGAGCUGAAACGCCUCAUCAGCCGAGUGAAGAAAAGCUCCAGCAUGGACGACAACCCUGACGGAGGCUCAGUGAAGAAGUUUGAGCUCCCACGCACACACAUGUUUCUGGAUGACUUUGUUCGCCGUGUGCAGGAGUCGGGCAUCGUCAAAGAUCUGGGCACCAUCCAGCGGCUGUUUCACGCUCUUACCGUGGGUAUGGAGUCUACAGCGAAGGUCUCAGCCCAGUCUGUUUUUUACCUUGAUUCCUCAUCAGAUGGUCAACAGAAGCAGGUGGACCCGGAAGUUUUCCGCUUUUUCUACACCAUCUGGAAGGAAACGGAGGCUGAAGCACAGGAUGUGGAUUUACCUGUGGCUGUGCUUGACCACUUGGAAGCCAACGAACAGGUGUACAAGCUUUCCUCCUCUGUGAAGACCAGCCAUGGUGUGGGCAAGAUUGCCAUGACCCAGCGCCGGCUCUUUCUGCUCACAGAGGGACACCCAGGUUAUGUAGAGGUCACCAAGUUUAGAGAUAUAGAGGAAGUGAAGAUAUCUUCAGCUCCUUUACUUUUUCUGAGAAUCCCCUCUUUGAAGAUCAAGACCAGCCUGAGGAGGGAGACGUUCGAGGCCAAUCUGAAAUCCGAGUGUGAUCUGUGGCACUUGAUGAUCAAGGAGUUGUGGGCAGGAAGAAAAAUUGCAGAUGAACACAAGGACCCUCAGUACAUUCAGCAGGCUCUGACGAAUGCCCUGCUGAUGGAUGCUGUGGUCAGAUGCCUCCAGUCUCAGAAAGCUAUUUAUGCUGCUUCAAAAUUGGCUUACUUCGACACGAUGAAACGGGAAGUACCGAUGAUGGUGCCGAAAACAACAAGUGAGACCCUAAAGCAUAAAAUCAACCCUUGUCUGGAUUUGACGUCUCCUCAAGCUGUGGACGUCCUGCUCUAUACUCCAGGACAGCUGGGCACAGCAGCCUCAGGCGGCAGUGGUUACCCAAAGCUCUGGUGUGCACUGAGUGAUGGGAAAGUGGUGGUGUUUGAUGCAGCCAGCUGGUCCCUGCAGCAGAACUGCAUUCAAAUGGGGACAUCCCGUCUGAAUUGCAUGCUGGGAGUGGACCAGCAGCAGUUGUGGAUUGGUUCUCAGGACUCAAUCAUUUAUAUAAUCAACCCAAACAGCAUGUCCUGCAACAAACAGCUGACUGAGCACCGUGCUGAGAUCACCGGCCUCGCAAUGGAAGAAAGACCUGACAAAUACAGCCAGUUGCUGGCGUACUCAUGCAGUGCAGAGGGCACAGUGAUCAUUUGGGACGUGGCAACGCUGCAGCCGAGACGUGACAUCAGACUGACCUGUGACAGGCUACAGUCCAUUCAGUUCCACAGUGGAAGACUAUGGUGCUGUGCGCGGGACUGUGUGAUGGAGGUGCGGCGAAACGGCACAGUGCAUCGUAGGAUAUCUCUUCCUGAUCACCUCAGGGGCUCACCAUCUUCCUACAGCAGCUUCAUCAUCUUUAACGAGAGGACUCAGUUGUGGACCGGCUGCACAGACUCAGGCGAGCUGUGUGUGUGGCACCUCGCUGACCCGGAGAAGACCUUCUCGAGGAUCACACUGCCUGACUGCACCAGUGUCAUGUGCAUGAUCAGAGUCAAGAACCAGAUAUGGGUUGGAGGCCACAGUAAGAGUGGAGGAAAAGCUCGUGGAAAGAUCUACGUGGUGGACACAGAGCGCCUCCUUGUGGAGAAGGAACUGCUGGCUCAUUCAGACACUGUUCAGACUCUGUGCUCAGCUGAGGACCGCUACGUCCUCAGCGGUGCUGCUGGCCAAGAUGGGAAGAUUGCUAUCUGGAAAGUGGAAUAGGAUAAAAGAGGGAACUGCGUGCUUUUGUACACUAAGUGAUAUUAGAUGUUGGUGUAUAUUUAUUUUACAUCUUACAAUGGUCACAAACAAAAGAAGAAAUGGAUGAAUCUCCAGUAAUCCAAAAGACUUCAGUUUAACAGUCUCAUGAAGGGCUAAGAGAAAGAAAUACUAGUUUUUAUAUGAAGGAUUUGUUGUUUUUUUCCCACUGUGCUGCGUCAGUAGCAAUAUUUGUUUAUCCAAGUGGUCUCCAUUCUCCUCCACAAAGAGCCAGUAUAUGGAGGAGAAUUGGGGGGGAUUCCCAAGAGCCUUAGGUAGAAUAUAAUGGAUAAGACCCUUCUGAUUAAUCCCAUCUUUGUAGAACUUUUUUCCCCCAUUGUUUUUUCUUUAUAUCUAAUAUCCUGCAGGAACUUGUAAUCCAAAGCCAUAUAAUGUUCAUGCUACUUUUAAUGGACUCGUGUAUAAAGUCUUUGUUCUAAGCGAUUUCACUUAUUCUGCACUAAUAUUUUGUAAUGAAGGUCACUUUAUAGAAUGUUCUAUUACUGUUUUAUUCUUGAAAUAACAUUUACAUAGCUUUUUCUUUCAUCAAGCACUGUGUAUGUAUCAUUUGCUAAUAUUGUAAAUUCAUUGUAAGUAUUAUACAACAUGCAUGAGUAAAUUUUUUUUUUAAUUA